AUGGAAAUGGUGGUCAUCAAUCAGCAACUGGAAGAGAGGAUCCCCAGCUAUGAGCGUCUGGAGGAGGCAGAGAUGGAUGAAGCUGCGGGAAGACCCAAAUGGAGCAACAAAGCCCAGUACAUCCUGACCUGUGUGGGCUUCUGCAUCGGUCUUGGGAACGUUUGGAGAUUUCCUUAUCUGUGCCAAAGCCACGGGGGAGGUGCCUUCUUGAUCCCGUACCUGAUCCUGCUGGUGCUGGAGGGAAUGCCUCUCCUCCUGAUGGAGUUUGCCAUCGGCCAGCGUUUGAGGAAAGGCAGUGUUGGGGUGUGGAGGGCCAUCCAUCCCUCUCUGACUGGUAUUGGUAUCGCCUCCAUGCUCGUGUCCUUCCUGGUUUCGUUGUACUACACCACCCUGGUAGCCUGGAUCAUGUCGUAUCUCUUCAAUUCCUUCACCGACCCACUGCCAUGGACCCAGUGCCCGCUCAUUCCCAACAGGACAGAAUAUGUACCAGAGUGCCAGCGGAGCUCCACUGUGGAAUACUACUUUUAUCGACAGACUUUGAACACCUCUGCCUCAAUCGCAGAGUCCUGUGGCAUCCACUGGCCCGUGGUGCUCUGCCUGCUAUCUGCCUGGUCAAUCAUUGCAGUGUGCUGCAUCAGGGGUGUGAGCACCUCUGGCAAGGCCGUCUAUGUCACAGCCAUCCUGCCUUACAUCGUGCUCGGUAUCUUCCUGAUCCGCGGAUUGACGAUGAAAGGUGCCGUCAGCGGGGUGCAGUUUCUCUUCACACCAGACGUGGAUGAACUGCGUAAUCCAAAGACUUGGCUGGAUGCAGGCGCCCAGGUUUUCUAUGCCUUGGGUUUGGCGUGGGGAGGCCUCAUCUCCUUCUCGAGCUACAACUCUGUGCACAACAACUGUGUGCAAGACGCGGUGAUCCUGUCUGGCAUAACUGGCCUCACCUCGAUCUACGCUGCGACAGUCACCUACUCCAUCAUCGGAGUCAUGGCCACUGAGAAGUUUGACACAUGUGUCAAUGAGAACAUCAUUACAUUGGUGAAUGCAUUUAAUUUUCCGGAGGGCAAAAUCACAGCAAGCAACUUCGAAGUCGUCUACGAUCACCUGAACGCCUCCUUUCCUGAAGUCGUUCUGGAUUUGAACAUCCAGACCUGUGACAUGCAGAAACUUCUCAGUGAGGGGGUGGAGGGAACAGGCCUGGCCUUUAUUGUUUUCACAGAGGCCAUCACCAAGAUGCCCGGUUCUCAGCUCUGGUCUGUCCUUUUCUUCGUAAUGCUCCUCUGCCUGGGAUUGUCAACACUCUUUGGUAACAUCGAGGGAGUUGUGGUGCCUCUGAAAGACUUGUACAUUUUCCCAAAACAUUGGCCUCAUGAAGCCGUGACAGGACUGACUUGCCUGGCCGGAUUCACCAUCUGCCUGCUGUUCGCGCAGAAUUCAGGAUUUUACUGGGUGACCCUCUUUGACAACUUUGCUGGAUCUGUGCCCCUGCUGACCAUUGGACUUGUCGAGAUAUUCGCUGUGGUUUACGUCUACGGCAUCAAAAGAUUCAAUCAGGACAUCAAGUUCAUGGUCGGGAAAGCGCCUUCCGUCUUCUGGCAGAUCACAUGGAGGGUUGUCAGCCCCCUGAUCAUCCUGGUCAUUCUGGUCUUCUACCUGGUGAAUGAAACCAAAGAGGAGCUCAGCUAUUCAGUCUGGGACAUCAACUUUGAGGACUUCCCGACUCUGGCGUCUGUCCCGUACCCAGAGUGGGUCAAAGGGGUCAUCUUUCUUUUGGCUGGAAUCCCAAGUCUGAUGGCACCAUUGUAUGCAUUCUGCCGGUUGAUCAUUGUGUACUUCCAAAGAAGGUACCAAAAGAUGCGUACAGCAAAGCUUUCCAACUGA